CGACAGCGCUCGAAGAACUUCGUGGCAUACAUAACAUUCACCCACCCCCCCCCCCCAGUAGUCAACAUCACCACGCUCUUCUUUCAACCACAACCACCACCACUGCAUACAAACCCCGACUCACUUCCAUCGCCACAAUGACUUCCGGCACCGGUCGCAAAUCCAAGCUACUGGUGGACAUCCUCUGGGUAGCCGCGGCACAAGUGUCAGCCUACUACCUAAUACGCUGGCUCAUAUCGUAUCGCGAUCCCGAGCGCGAAAAGAAAGCGGCCGUGAAGAAAAAGUCGGAUGCGAUCCUGCGGCGACUAGACGCGAACGGCGGCGCAACCUCAGCCGGCGGGAAGGUGGAAAAGCUCGUGCUCAACUCCUACGAGCAGACCAUCCUGACCGAGGUUGUCGCGCCCGAGGAUAUUCAUGUUUCUUUUGAUGAUAUCGGUGGGCUGGAACCAAUCAUCGAGGAGCUGAAGGAAAGCGUGAUCUACCCGCUCACGCUCCCGGGGCUGUUCUCGAGCACGUCGACGCUGCUGUCCGCGCCCAAGGGAGUUCUGCUCUACGGGCCGCCAGGCUGCGGCAAAACGAUGCUUGCGCGGGCGCUCGCGCGGGAGUCCGGCGCCUGCUUCAUCAACCUGCACAUCAGCACGCUGACAGAGAAGUGGUACGGCGACUCGAACAAGCUGGUGACGGCGGUGUUCUCGCUGGCUAAGAAGCUGCAGCCCACAAUCGUGUUCAUCGACGAGAUCGAUGCGGUGCUGCGCUCGCGCAGCUCCACCGACCACGAGGCGAGCACUAUGGUCAAGGCCGAGUUCAUGACGCACUGGGACGGGCUGCUGUCGACGAACUCGUCCGGCACCCCCGCGCAGAUCAUGAUCCUCGGCGCGACAAACCGCAUCCAGGACAUUGACGAGGCGAUCCUGCGGCGCAUGCCGAAGAAGUUCUCGAUCAACCUGCCGGACGCCGCGCAGCGCCGCAGGAUCCUCGGCUUGAUCCUCAAGGACACGAAGCUCGCCACGGAGGACUUCGAUCUCGAGGAGCUCGUUGCGAAGACCGCCGGCAUGAGUGGCAGCGAUCUUACCGAGGCCUGCCGCGACGCCGCGAUGGUCCCCGUCCGCGAGUACAUCAAGACGAAGGUCGCGCAGGGGCGCAAGGUCGGCGAGGCUGGCCUCGGGAGCAUCAACCGCGAGGAAGUGCGCGGCGUCGCAACGUCGGACUUCUUCCGCCGUGGGGCGGGCGGGAGGAGGCCCGUCGAGGAGGAGAUCGAGGCGUUUAGCAGGGUCGUUGGAGAGGUCGAGGAGCGACUGGGGAAGGCGAGGCGCAUCGAGGAGGAGAGGGUCGAUUGAUUAUACUAUCUAGACUAAGUAACUUAGAGCGCAUGUUUUUUUGUUGCUCCCCUUUGCCUUCUUGCUUUCUUUCGUUGGGUUGUCACGUUGGGUUGGGUUGUCACGACCGGUUUGAUGAGAUGAGAUGAGGGACGGGAUAUGUAUUAUACACGCGUUUACCGCGACAGUUCACGACGGCGAGCGGGGG